AUGCCUCUCGUCGUUCCAGGAGUUCAAACCGAGGCCACGUCGGCUGACAAGACCGAGGAGUUCACCAUGAAGCUGGCAGGCAAGAAGAUUGAUGAGAUUGAUAAGGAAAAGGAUCUUCCCAAGGAACACCGCAUCAUUCAUCCCGGCCAAAUGGUCACCAAGGACUUUAACCCGGAUCGCCUCAACAUUCACGUUGACGACAAGGGCAUCCAAAAAGUAAAAUCCUCGGCCCAGCGCGCCGUCCGUCAGCAGCUGCUGGACCGGUACCCGCUCCUGACGCCCUUUGUAGACGAGAUACUGCCGAAGAAAUCGUCGCUCGAGCAGAUGAAGCUCCCGCACCCGGACCGCGUCAUGCUCUAUGUCAUCGACGGCCAGCCCGUCUGCUUCCAGUACGACCUCCCCUCGGGCGGCACCGCCAUCCUGCCGCACCUUAAGCUCGUCCACCGCUUUCCCCAGGCCUUCCCGACCGUCCGCAUCGACAGGGGAGCAAUUCGUUUCGUCCUCAGCGGUGCCACCCUCAUGGCGCCCGGCCUGACCAGCAAGGGAGGCCGGUUGCCGCUCGUCGAGGGCGAGCCGGGGGACAAAGUGGAUGAUGAUGGGCACUGGGGUAGGGAGUUGGAGAAGGGCGAGGGUGUGGUCGUUACCGCCGAGGGGAAGGAGGAGGCUUGCGCGGUGGGGUUGUUGGUUGCUGGGACGAAGGAAGUCAAGGAGAAGGGUAAAGGACCUGUCGUGGAGGAUGCGCAUUACCUUGGGGACGGGCUGUGGACGUUACAAGUCGAUUAA